CACAUCGAUCUCCCUACACAAGACAUGUUCAAGGAGGAGCACGAGGUGGCCUUGCUGGGGGCGCCCCAGAACCAGGCACCCAUGGCGACCACGGUGAUCAACAUCCCCAGGGAGACCGCCGUGCCCGACCACAUCGUGUGGUCCCUGUUCAACACCGUCUUCAUGAACGGGUGCUGCCUGGGCUUCGUGGCAUUCGCCUACUCUGUGAAGUCUAGGGACCGGAAGAUGGUCGGCGACAUCACUGGGGCCCAGAGCUACGCCUCCACCGCCAAGUGCCUGAACAUCUGGGCCCUGGUCCUGGGCAUCUUUCUGACCAUUGGAUCGAUCGUUCUUCUCAUUUUUGUCUACAUGGCAGCCUACGAGAUGGCUUUGAGGAUGGCGAACAAUAGAGGCUACUAGCCGCUGUCCAUGGAGGCAGUCCAGGGCCUCCACCUUCCUUGGUGGCUUUGCACCCUAGGCACGGGCCCGCCCCGCCCCCAAGCCAUAGGCAGCAGUUUAUAGACACAGAUUGUCAACCACUGAAUCAAUAAAGCGCCCUUGUCUGUGAA